AGGGAGGAAUUGAGUAAAAACAACAACCCACAAGAACAACGUUAUAAUAUAAUACCACAACAUGCGCGUGGAACACCAUUUUUAAAUUAAAAUCUUUAUCAUACUGAUUCCUGUAAACAACAAAUCCAUGUUACCACUCCAUUUUAGUCAUCGCUACUUGCCACCCUGACUUUCCUCCCCCUCCGGCCUCACCUCAACCCACGACGAUGCAACACUCCCGCCGCGUGGCAGUGAUCGGCGCCGGUGGCGCAGGCCUCAUCUCCGCCCGCCAACUUUCCCGGGAGGGCCACCAAGUCGUGGUCUUCGAACGGAAUAAUCAGAUCGGAGGGGUCUGGGUAUAUUCGCCCGAAAUUGAAUCCGACCCACUUGGAGUUCACCCUAAGCGGACUCGAAUACAUAGCAGCCUCUACAAAUCUCUACGAACCAAUAUCCCCAGAGAAGUCAUGGGGGUCCGUGAUUUCCCCUUUGUUCCUCGAGAAGGGGAGGAUCGAGAUCCCAGGCGAUUUCCAAGUCAUACAGAGGUUUUAAAGUAUUUGGAAGAUUUCGCUAAUGAAUUUGGGAUUUGUAAGUUGGUGAGAUUUAGAACUGAGGUGGUGUUUGCUGGUUUGGAGAAGCUUGGCAAAUGGAGGGUUGAAUUCAGAUGUGAGAAUGGGGAUGUUCAUUAUGACAUUUUUGAUGCUGUAGUUGUUUGUGUUGGCAAUUUUUCGCAGCCUCGAGUAGCAGAGAUUCCAGGGAUUGAUGGAUGGCCUGGGGAACAAGUUCAUAGUCACAAUUAUCGUGAUCCCGAACCAUUUCGCGGUAAGGUUGUUGUGUUGAUAGGUUAUUCUUCGAGUGGUACGGACAUUUCUCAGGAGCUCAUUGGGGUUGCCAAAGAAAUUCAUAUUGCUUGCAGGCCAGCUAAAACAGAGUCUUCGGACGAAAAAUCAAUUAUUAGUAACGUCUCAUUUCAUCCAAUGAUCGAAAGUGUCCAUAAAGAUGGAACGGUGGUCUUUCAAGACGGGUCCGUCGUUUCGGCUGAUGUUAUUCUGCAUUGUACUGGGUACAAAUAUCAUUUCCCGUUUCUUGAAACCAAUGGCACUGUUACGGUGGACGACAACCGUGUAGGACCUCUUUUCAAGCAUGUCUUCCCCCCAGCAUUGGCCCCAGGGCUUUCCUUCGUUGGGUUACCAUUUAAGGUUGUUCCUUUUGUCAUAUUUGAGCUUCAAAGCAAUUGGAUUGCUGGUGUUUUAUCAAACAGGAUUGCACUUCCAUCGAAAGAGGAAAUGUUGGCAGAUGUUAAAGCUUUUUAUGAAGAACUCGAAGCUCGUGGCAAGCCCAAGCAUCGGACCCAUAAAUUGGGUGGUUAUACGCCUGCCUACUGUAACUGGCUUGCAGCAACUUGUGGUUGUCCUCCCUAUGAAGAAUGGAGAAAGGAAAUGUUUGUUGCUACUGAUAUUAAUAAAGUGGCCAAUCUUGAGUCAUACCGUGAUGAUUGGCAUGACGAUGAGUUGAUUCAUCAAGCUUAUGAAGAAUUUGGCAAGUAUACUACUACAAAUGAAGGAAGUCAAAACCACUCGAAUUUGAAUGUUUAAUAAGUUUGGUUCUAUAUAUUUGUACAUUGCACAAUCAUGUGUCUUGAUUAUAAAUGUUGGAUCUUGAUUUAUAAAUAAAAAUGAAAAUAAUAUUAGACCAGAUUAUGACACAA